AUGUCUCAUCCACAAGCUGCUUAUCCAGGUCAAGGUCUUCCACCACCGCCUCAUCUUGGAGGACCACCACCACCACCACCACCUGGGCCACCUUUUCCUCCGCCUCCUCCUUCUCAAUUUCGAGGUGGCCCCGGUGGCUACACCGGUGGUGGUAGUGGUGGUCCGAAGCCCGAGGACUACGGUCCAGCGGGCAUCAAUGGAACAGCUGGCGACGGACUUGGCCUGAAAGUGGUCGGUGGGAAGGACAUUCCCGGCACCAACAUGAUCGGCGCCUACAUUGAGCGCAUUCACCCCAGUCUGUCGAUGAAUGAGAUUCGAGAAGGCAUGCAGGUGAUCGAGUGGAACGGCAUCCCGCUGACGGGCAUCUCCCACGACGAGGUCUCCCGCAUCAUCGCCAAUCAGAUUGGCGACGAAAUUGAGGUGGUCAUUCGGACGGACGUUAAUCUGCUCUCUGAUAUGGGACAGAGCUACGGUUAUGGACAGCCACCACCUCAAGGACAGAUGAUGCAGCAGCCCUCGAACUACGGUCCUCAGGAUGGUCGAGCACCCUACGGACCACUUCCUCCUCCUCAAGUAGGACCAUACGGUGGUCCUGGUGGACAACCAGGACAACCAGGGCCCAGCUCGUACGGAGCAGUUGAUGGCGGCAUGCCGCCCCCUUCGGCGUACAAUUACGGACCACAGCAGCAGCCAAUGCAUCAACAGCAGCAGCCACCACCUCAUAACAUGAUGCCCGGUGGUCAGGGAAUGAAUCCUCAAAGUUAUCUCCAUCCUCAGAGGCCUCCACCGAUGAUGGGCACAUCUCAUGGAAUGGGCAGCAAUCCUCCGGGGAUGAGGGGCGGCGGCGGCGGCCAACCGCAGGUAAUUCUUCAGCACAACCACCCGGUGGUGGAGGACCUUUCGGGAGGUGGGGCCGGUUAUGGUGUGGACCAGUAUGGACAUCACCAGAAACCGCCAGGACAGAUGAUGAUGGUGGGCGGUGGUGGUGGUGGUCAAGGGCCGAUGGGACCGAAUCCGAUGAUGCACCAGCAGCAGCAGCAGCAGCCUGGUUAUCACCAACACCCCCAACAGGGUGUUGGUCCAAUGCAAGGUGGUCAACAUCUUCAGCAACAGCAGCAGCAGCAGCAACAGCAAAUGGACAGUGGAAUGUACGGCGGCUAUCAACGCUAG